AUGGCUGCUUAUCUUGUCUGUCUCACCUCUGGGGGAGGAAUUCCUCUUUUUACACGCUCUAAGGGGGACCUGAAACCGGUAAGCUCCUUAAGUUUACCCUUCCCAGUUAUUGGUUCUCUGAAUGCUGUUCACAUGUUUGCAAGUAAUCAUGGAGCGGAAUUAAGAUCAACAACCACAGAUGGAUCCAAAGUGGUGUGGAAAGAUUAUUUGAACAGUAUAACAUUGAUAAUUAUUACAAGUGAAGAUAAUGCUGAUGAUUGCCAUCUAAGAAAACUAUUAGAUAAUAUAUUCUACUCUAUGGUACUCCUUUAUGGUGAAGAUGAGUUGGCCAAUAUUAAAAAUUUAGAGAGAUUUAAACGAGAGAUUAAGGUGAGUGAAAGACACAUCUUGAAUAUCUAG